AUGGACUACGCUGUAUUGAGCGACCGGCAGCGAUCGGAGCUCAACAAGGCUGUGAUUCAGUACCUGGAGGGUAUUAUCAAGGAUUCGGCAGUUGUCAGCGAGCUCCGCUCAAGACUGGGGGUACCGGCACCUACUGAUUCAGAUACUAUACCUAAUAAUUACCUGGAGAAGAAAUGGGCCACCGUUGUUCGACUCCAGAAGCGAAUAUACGAUCUGGAGAAGGAGAUCGGCGAGUACAAGGAGCUUGUAGAUAAUUACUCGGAACUACUGGAGGCAGCAGGCGGCAUGGAUAUCAGAAGAGACAAGCUAGAAUGGAUACCCAGCAGGGUGAAAGCAGUGCUAAAGUUGCACAAGGGUUCCGUCACUUGUGUCUCAAUACACCCUUUUGAGCCGGUUGUGGUGACAGGCUCUCAAGACGGUACAAUUGCGUUCUGGAACCUGCUUGAUCUGACUGAACCUGAACGUGUGAUCAGAAAUGCUCAUACGCGGACAAUCAAUGCUUUGGAGUUCCAAAGCAGAGAAAUCACGGUCGACUCAGCCAAAAUGGUCCUUCUUGCGUCGUGCUCGUCAGAUCUCCUUAUCAAGUUAUGGGAUAGCAAAACAGGCCAACUGGUACGGGUGCUCACGGGCCAUGAUCACUUGGUUUCUGGGCUGAAAUUCAAUCCGGCAGAUGAGACACAGCUGGUCAGCUGCUCAAGAGACAAAUCGGUGAAAAUCUGGGACGUGGUUUCCGGCUGGUGUUUGCGAACUAUAAAGGGGCAUUCUGACUGGGUAAGGAAGGUGGAUGUGAGUUCAAAUGGUGAGUACAUCUUGAGCUGUUCGAACGACCAAUCUGUGAGACUUGCUCAUUUUGCCACUGGAGCGGGCAUCUCCUUAUGUUUGGGGAGUGAGCAGGUUAUUGAAGCCUCGAUCUUUCUGCCAGUGGAGACCAACGAGUAUAUUGAUCCGCUAGUGGAUAUCAAGGACGAGACUUACGACACCCUGGGAUACAAGUAUUGUGUCAGCGGAGGACGAGAUUGCAUGUUACGCAUUUGGAAGCUCAGCGUUCCAGAUCUGAGCAACCCAGAACGACCCAGUCCGUCUGCUAACCCUAAAGCUGUGCUCCUCCACGAAUUCAAAGCACAUAGCUCUUGGAUCCGAUCUUUUUCCAUGCAUCCUAACGGUUACUAUCUCGCAUCGUGUGGGGACGACAAACUUAUCAAAAUAUGGGAUAUCCGUACAUUGGCAUCAAACGGGCAAUUAGGCCAUGUCGCGCAACUCCGCGGCCACGAGAACUUCGUGAACGUCAUCGCAUUCGCCGCUCCAGUGGUAUCCGAGACCUCAACAAUAAACGACAAAGCCAAAAAUAGAAAGCUACUCGAAGGAGGCAUCCGCUGCUACCUUGUGAGCGGGUCAGCAGACAACACAGCUAGAGUAUGGAUUUGA